AGGUGGUGGUUUUUUGCAUGCUAAUCCUGCAGAGAAACAUUGUGUCCAACAAAGUAUGCUGGGUCAGCAAAAGCAAGAAACUUGUGCUGGAAAGACAGUAUCCACAGAGAAAACAAACUGAAGAAAGGACAGAAAUAAGGCAGAUCAGACUGGAGUAGACUAGACUUGGAUUACUUAGGAAGGAAGGGGAACCACUGAGGAAGAGCAGCCCCAUGGAAGACUCCCUUUCCUCUGGCAGACCCUUCCCAGCAUGGCUACAUCAGAAAAUUGGAUGCGUCAUUGAUUUUUCUAUUGGUGUGUCACUGUCCACUCCUAUACAAGUUUAAUGUUAUUUAGAAGGGAUGAAAGGUUAUGACAUGCUGCAAGUUUCUGAGUGAUUUGAUACUUGCAGGUCCUAUCAUAGUAACCAUUAAUCUUUUAACAGAGACUUUUAAAGUAAAUGGGUUGAAUUGCAUUUGAUUUAGCCUUGUGCUUAAUUAUUUAAAAGUGUGUACCUGUUGCCCCAAAUCCACACCCGUCUGAAAGACUGAGGACACAGCAAUUAAAAAUAAACUUCAUGUCCUUCAGAUAUUAAUGCUAAUCUUUUCAUUCUAGAGAAAGUAUAAAAAUCAUUGCCUUUCAGUGAAGGACCUGUAGAAUGACUUGAAGAAAGAAUCUUGUCCAAAACCAAAGGCCAUCUUCACAAAUGCCAUUGCAGAGCCUCCCUUAACUGAAACUUCCCCUUCUUAGGUGCAUGACGCCAUGGGAUUGCAUAGGCACAAAGGCCUUUCCUCAGAUCACAGCUGUCAAGUCAAAGUUUCACAAACUCUGUAGGCCUGGACUUAUCCCUGUGUACAGGGAUCUCUAUAUUUGUGUAGGAUUUCCAUAGGUACAGUAACCCAGUCUGCACAGAAUGUCUAGAAAUAUAGAAUAUCUCUACAGACAUUGAGCAGAAAGUUUUGGUGGUGCCCAGUAGUUUCACUUAAUUGGAGGAUAAAGAAGAUAAACACAAACCCCCUUCGGAUAUAAUACAAAGUUUUCAGAAGAAAAGUCAGUUUAGGACCAUUGCUCCAAAAAUGGUACCAAAAAUUUUAACACCUGGAGUGGUUUCUUGUCUUCAGUCUUCUUUGCCUGAGCCAAACACACCGAUUUCAGCUGCAGGUUCUAAACCACUGGUGGUACCAGCUCAGAACUACACUGUCAUGCAGGUGGCUGGUCAGAAGGGGACAUUUUCCCUGCUGGCUGUGCCGUAUGUUGCUCCUGCUUUAACACAGCAAACCCAGCAGUCAAAUGUGGCCCCCUCUGAAAACCUAAAGCUGCCUAUCCCUAGGUACCAGUCUGUAAGGAAUAAAUUGCUAGGUGACAAAAAAUUGACGAAAAUCUCUGGUUUGGGUGCACAUAAGAAGAUUCCUACGAAAGCAUUGGUCCCAUCACAGACUUCCCCUGUGACUACUGUAACUGAAGUCUGUCCUGAAACUCACUCUAGUUCAGAUUCAACUGAGCAAGCAAUGCUGACAGACUGUGACUCAUCUGAAAUUGCAGUUGCCACAGUAGUAAAUAAAAGCAACUGUGUGGAAUCUGGACCUCCUUUAAUGAACAAAACUGAAAUUGCUAACAAUAAGAUUUCUGUACCGUCUGUAGUUAAAGACUCUUUAUCCAAACCAUCAAGUACAAUUAAUCCCCCGAAACUAAGUCUGCGCUCUGUGAAGACAGCAUCGGAAACCACAAGAAAGUCAGUCAUGACAUGUGAGAAACGAAAGGAAAAACCCACAAAUUCUGCAAAUCCUGUUGCUGUCUUGUCACCAGCAGUUCUUGGCAGCACAAUACAGAUGAAUCCAUCAGCACCAAAAGGAAAACUUCCUAUUUUGCCUUACUCAAGGAUGAAAAAUUCACUAUUUUGUAAAUCUAAGCAGAAUAUGAAUGCUAUGGAUGUAUCUGGUCCUUCACUAAGAUCUGAAUGUGAAAAGACACCAGCUUUGACAAAAACCAAAGCAUUUGAUAAGCAAUUAGCUGUAUCAUCUACACAAGUCCCCAAACAAACUGUUCGAGAAAACACCUUCUCUCCAUCCAGUGAAGUGGAUGUCGACAGUCUUAAAAAAUUGAACAGUGCAGCCUCUAAAAAAAGAGGCAGGAAAAGAAGAGCCUCGGAUGAUUUAUUGGCUUUUCAGACCAAGCGAAGGAAAUGCAUCAUUAAUAAGUUUAGAGAAGGAAGAGAGAGGGAGAAGGUUGAUAUUCAGACACCUGAAGACAAAAAAGCAGAAGCAGUGAAAAAAUACCGUAGUAUUAGACCGAAGCCGGUGGUAGUUGUGCAGACCUUCACACCACUGACUUCUCCAGCAACAGUAGAGACACCACCUCGUGUCCAUUCAGAGCAAGCUGUUCCUUUAAAUGGUUCACUUGCCAGCAAAUAUUUGAGUUACAAGCAAAGUGAUGCUACAUCAGCUAAACCAAGUGAUUCAAGUAGAAAUGCGUGUUCAAUCACACCUAAGCCACUGCACAGAUGUCCUGUUUGUAACCAUACCUUCCAGUUCAAGCACCAUCUCCAGGACCACAUGAACUCACACACGAAGAAACGGCCCUACAGCUGUCGGAUUUGCCGGAAAGCGUAUAUCCAUUCUGGGAGGCUCAGCACGCAUAUGAAGCUUCAUCACAAUGAAAGCAAACCCAAAAAGCUGGUGUGCUGUGAAUUCUGUGCUAAAGUUUUUGGCCAUGCAAAAGUGUAUUUUGGCCACCUCAGAGAAGUCCACAGGGUUGUUAUCAGCACUGAACCCUCUCCUAGCGAGCAACAGAUGCAAGAUGCUUUAAAGAAGAGAGACACGAAUAUAAAAGAGACAGAAGAAGCUACAGAGAGGGGAAAUAAGUGCAAUCUCGAGGACCUAUUUCAUAACCCGGGAGGAGUGAAAAUACAGGUCAAAUGUGGCCGAUGCCAGUUUAUUGCACAGUCUUUUGGUGAAAUGAAGUUCCACUUACUGUGCUGUCAUGGAGAAGAGAUUCAGGGAAGAGUAAAGGAAGGGGGUUUGCAAGGAAAUAAAGGGGCGAAAGGGGAACUGAUCAAACACACAACCCACUUCUGGAAACAGCACAAUGAGAGAAGACAUUUAGCAAAAUGCAGUGCCCGUGAGGAGGAGCUUUAUACUUUUCCAAAACUGAAAAGACAGAUAUACUUUCAACAUCAAAAUAAUGUCAAUAGUUUACCAAAAGGCGAAGUGACUCAGGCAAGAAGUGGUGAAACCACCAAGGAGAUGCAAAAUAUGGGGUUUGGUACAGCAAGCAAGAAAAUGGAAUUUUGGUCUAAAGCAGGUUAUAACUGCAUUUUAUGCAAACAGUUAUUUGGAAAAAAAGAGGAUCUUUUUAGUCAUUGGCAGAGUCAUCAUAAUUGUGAAGACCCUUCCACUUUAUGGACAAUUUUUAGUUUAGUAUCAAAAGAAGGGAUUAAUGAAUUUUCUAAUAAUGGUGAAUAUUGAAGCUCAAUUCUGCAAUGCUAUGAACAACAUCAACUACCUUAGCAAAUUUUUUAAGUUUUUUCACUGUUUUGCUAAACUAACUCAACAGAAGUAUCACUUCAAAGUUUUGUUGGGUGGGUUUGUUGGUUUUUUUCUAAAGUUAUGCUAAUCUUUAUUUUGGUGAAUAGAAAAUAUAUUUAUUCAGUGUCAUUUCAGAUGGGUACUUGGAAGCUGAUUGUGAAACACUGUACUUAAUAUUUGUGUUUAAGGAACUUCAUAGCAGCAAAUACCCAAUACUAAUGGUUAACAUCAAAGAAAAAGAUUUUAGAGUUAAAUUAUACUGUACACACAGAAAUAAAUCAAUUUAUAUGAAGCAAUCUUAAUCUUGAAUGAAAUGACAAAACCCACUGUAAGUGUAAUUUCAGCCCCAAUCGUGCUUCCAAAUUUUGUGGUAAAUACAUAUUUCCCUGCAGUUCUGUUGGUCACUUGUGCAUACAUGCAGCUGGCAUCCAAGAGUUUUAUGAUCUGUAAUUUCACAACUUUUCAUUCUGGUUUCCUUGAUUUCAGUGUCUUCAGCCAUGUUUAUUGCUUGCAGGCCUUUUUGUUGUUCAAUUCCGUCCUGGAAAUAGGAAAGCUUUUGUAUUUUAUAAAUAAAAACUCUACAUACAUUUAUUUGCCGGUAGCUUUUUGGGUUGAAGAUGAAUUAUUUGCUGGCCAUGAAGUUGAAGCUCUCCAGGCUGGACUACUUUAUGAAAAAGAACAAGUUUGUUUUAAAAAUAGUGAUCUGAAUUGGUUACUUGUGGGAAGUCUGACAUUCUGCAAUAGACUGCAUGUCUCACAGUGGACUUUUAGUGUAUUCCUUGCACCUCCAGUCACAGCAACACCACUGCCAACAUUGUUAGCACUCUGCCUUUAACACUCUUGCUGUGUCACUUCUGUACCUCUACAGCUGACCCAGUCUCUGGCUCUAAAGGGAAAUUGUUCCUUCACUUGUAAAUCUGUGGCAACUUGUGUUGCCAGAUUUGCUGUGCUGGAGGAACUGUGUGCAACACCUUAACCUUCCAAUAUCAGGAGCUGGUAACCAUUCCCUUGCCAGGGAGCAAAGCUGUAGCAGCCUGUGGCAGAGGAGCAGUGCAUCCUGUGAUCCCUGGCAGCAGGGCAGGCAGGGGUAGGGACCAUUGCAGCACAUCUCCAAGGGGGCAAGUCUGGUCAGGCUGUAAGGGAUGGAGUUCUGGAGCUCAGUUUUGAUGAAAAGGUCAUUGAAACCAUUGAAUCUAGUUUGAAAUUGGUGUUUGAACUGCUGUUACUCAAAGCCUUAUGUACCACUGAAUUAUUUUGGGAGUAAUAAAGGAGACAGUCUAAGAAAUCACUACAUCACUGUUCAAUGGAAGUCAGAGCACAUUAGAGGGCAAGCUGAAAAAUACACCAGUACUGUCCCUACAGUACUACUCUGUUCAUCUCUGUGGUCAACCAUAAUUGAGGGUUUGCAAUGAUGAAAGAGUCAUUCUUAAAAUGUCCUGGGUUGCCUCUCACUGUUUUGCAAAAAUUAUGGUGAUGAGAACAUGAAAAGAGAUCUAAAAAUGUUGGACUUUCUGAAUAGGAUUCCAGAAGCUGUUGCAAUACUUUGUGUAUGUGUUUUGUUUUUAAACAAGAAAGGCAAUUUUGAUGAGCUAAUAGUUUUGAAUGCAAUUUCUUGUUUCAUGGUGCUUUGCCCUGGAGAUGAACUAUAGGGCAGGAACCAAGUAUAAUAAAAGACAGAAAGAAAAUGCUCAUAGAACUAUACAGGUGCUUGGUAAGGUAGAAGAAUCCCUGUGGAUUCUCAAAACUUCCUUCCUACUCUGUGUUGUUUUAAUACAUAUUUGUGCUGUUUCUUUGCUUUUGUAUAUUUGUUUUUUUGUGCUGAGUUACUGUAAAAUACUACUUGUUCUUAUUCUUGACACACCCAUUUUCAAUGCCUACAAUAUAUUCAUAUUUAUUUUCAUGGGCACUUUUGGAAAGGAAUAGUUAAUUUUAAAGUCAGUGUUUGAUAUCAAACUGAAGCCAUAUUUAACUUAGUAGACUGUGUUGCAUUUAGAAGCAUUUUUUACCCCCCCAACUUUAAAAUCAAAUUGAAGUUAAAUCCUUCAACUUUAAAAAUCAAAUAGCAUGGUGUUUUCGCUGAAACAGAAAUGUGAGAACAAUGCCUCCUUCCCAUGUAGCUAUACUAUAUCAAAGGGAAGUUCAUUCCCUCAACAUGCAUUUUAAGAGUUGGGAAAAAAAAACAUUUAAAAGAUUUGAUCUUGUUCUUUAUUUAGAAUUAACAUCAAAUCACCUUUCUUGCAUAAUCACAUGUCCCAUGGUAUAGUUUAAAAUGAGCU